AUGGGCUCAGGGUUGAUGCAGUUUUGUUCAAAAGAUGACACGGACAAAUUGCAAGGUAAAACAGGAACAAUCUGUGGAAUUGCCCAAGACAGCAGUGGAUAUCCAUGUGGUGGGAAGAACCCAUUUUCUGACGGUUGUCCAACUGGAUAUCAACAAUAUCAAUGGUUGUCAAGUUGGGGUUCAGGAAUUGUCGCUUGGUGUUAUAAAAUUAAUGCAACACUCGAUGAUUUACCUGGUACAAUAUGUGGUAUGCAAACGAACGGCGGUCUCACAGGUCCAACAUGUCAAGGUUAUUAUCCGGCACGAGGAUCGUGUCCAUCGGGCUACGUUUUACAACAAUGGAAUGUAAACUUUGGUGAUAACAGGUGGUCGUUCUGCUUCAAAACAUAA